CAGGGUGGUCAUGGGCUGCGUACCCUCCCCAGCCUUCAUCGCCUCCUUAUGAGAUUUAUUAGGAAGCCACUCUGCGCCACACGUAGUAUUUGCUCACAGCCGCCCAAUUCAUCGUAUAACUUGAUGGCCAUCCAAAACCUAACUUCCUCUUCAUCGUCAAACUGCAACGUCGCCGUCAACCAAGACGGCGGCGACGACGACGACCGCCUGUGUUCCGAACCACAAGGAGAACCAGAAGGAGAGACAGCCCAUUUGGACGGCCUCCCGGCCCCAAAUCCAAACGGGUACCUGAGCAGAGAGUCGCGGAUCGAGAGAGCCUGGGCACACUGGAAGAAGCUUGGGCAACCUAAGUUCAUAGUGGCCCCCAUGGUCGACAACUCCGAGCUCCCCUUCCGCAUGCUUUGCCGCAAGUACGGAGCUCAAGCUGCUUAUACCCCUAUGCUUCACUCUCGUAUUUUUACCGAAACUGAAAAGUACCGCUCUCAAGAAUUUACCACCUGCAAGGAGGACCGUCCGCUAUUUGUGCAAUUUUGUGCGAAUGAUCCAGAUAUAUUGUUGGAGGCUGCGCGGAGAGUAGAACCCUACUGCGAUUAUGUAGACAUCAAUUUGGGAUGUCCGCAGCGUAUUGCUAGGCGAGGGAAUUAUGGAGCUUUCCUUAUGGACAAUCUUCCUUUGGUUAAAUCUAUGGUAGAAAAACUAGCAAACAACCUUAGUGUUCCAGUCUCCUGCAAAAUACGACUUUUCGCGAAUUUUGAGGACACAAUCAAUUAUGCCAAGAUGUUGGAAGAUGCUGGUUGUGCUCUUUUGGCAGUACAUGGUCGAACUAGGGAUGAAAAAGAUGGGAAGAAAUUUCGUGCCAAUUGGAGUGCCAUCAAGGCUGUUAGAGAUGUCAUGAGAAUCCCUGUUCUGGCUAAUGGGAAUAUAAGAUACAUGGAAGAUGUGCAGAGCUGUUUGGAAGAGACUGGGGUUGAGGGGGUACUUUCAGCUGAGUCUCUGCUGGAAAACCCAGCCCUUUUUGCUGGAUACCGUACUGUCAAAUGGGUAUCAGGAAGUGAUGAUAUCUGUGUAGAUGGAAAGCUGGACCAGGCGGAUUUACUAGUUGAAUAUUUAAAGUUUUGUGAGAGUUAUCCAGUGCCAUGGAGAAUGAUUCGUUCCCAUGUGCAUAAGAUGCUAGGAGAUUGGUUCAGGGUGCAUCCAACUGUAAGAGAUGACCUUAAUGCACAAUCAAAACUCACAUUUGAGUUUCUCUACGACGUGGUUAAUCGACUUAGGGAUCUUGGUGUGAGGAUACCACUCUAUGUGAAGGAUAGCAGAGUGGAGAGGGUAUCUGCAAAUGGAUUUGCGACAUGAGAUUUAUGGUCCUGGAAGAGAUUUCAUAUUUGAGGCUUGCUGUUGUAUAGAAUUCUGCCAAAGUGGUGUCUGAGGAGGUUGAGUUACACUGUUAUUCUUUCUACUGCUAGUCAAUAGCUGUUAGCUUGCUACUAGUGAAAGUAAUGUCCAAGUAGUUGAAUGAGGAGGUUAACAGCAUGAGAGUUGAUUACAACACCUCAGUGUACCUCUUGAUUCUUCCUGUGACAUGUGAUGAGGUAAGAGAAGUUACUUUAUCCUUCUUCUGCCAUUAUUUGGCUUUUGAGCCGGAAAAUUUUGUUAAUCAUGGUCCUAAAGUAUCAUGAAUGUACUUCACUCUGUUGCUUGGUAAUCAGCACUUUAGCUUAAAAUUUUUUACAAUCUUUCGCCUGAAGAGUUGCAAGCUAAUGAAGAAAUUUAUUUGCUUGAUCAGUGCUGUUGGUGAGGUAAUAGUGCCUUCCAAGGGUAACUUGUUCUGAGUUGAUUGUAUUAGCUUUUGCAUUUCUUAGACAUUUGCCGGUGUGAAACACUGUUUCACUAUAUGCUUCCUCAGUGUCAUUCUGUUCUUGGCUUCAUUGAAUUUGGUUAAAGAUUGCUUAGUUUUCUCACCAUAGCGCUCUUUGUAAUCAUAAUGAAGUUCCAUCUUCCUUC